CUUGAACUGUGUUGGAGGCGAGGACGCGUGGAAUCAAUUAAAUACUAUUGAGAUUUUUACCUCCAUGAUCUCAAUUCAGAGUUUCCUGAAAGGAGUGGAUGAUGUGAGAGGGUCAGGGGAUAGCCUACUUCUCGGUAGUAACGGUACCUUGGCAACUGCAGAGUUAAUGGGUGAUAUUUAAAGGGCUGGUCGUGGAUCCCUCCCCCAGGUUUCAUACAGGUUGUAUUCACUCGCUCUCUGGAUCUGCAGCAUAUCAACAGGCAGGAGAGGUUUGCUUCUGACAGUGACUGACGGAAGUAUUUCCCAUUUCAUUUUUUCACGGAGUGAGGUACAAGGUCACUAUGGGUACCAGCUCCUCAUCAUACGCCCCCAAGACAGUCUACCUAGAUGUGGAUGGGAAAAUGCAGAAGGUGAUUUUCAGUCGAUACUGCAGCCCCUGUGACAUCCGAGAACUGCUGUGUUCUUCCUCUCACAUAGCCAGAAAUACUGCUAUAAGGCUGGUGGACUCGGAGGGAGCGCUGGUCUCCAUCGAUCCCACAAUGCCUACCAACACCCCAAACUCUCAGUACAAGGUAAUGCCUCAGUCGACUGGUCAGGUGGGAGACAAAGAAGACAUGUUCCAGAAUGUUUUGUCUCAGGUGGCAGAGCAAUUUAGCAGGGCUUUUAGAAUCAAUGAGUUGAAGACAGAGGUGACCAAUAGGCUUGCCAUGUUGGAGAAGAGAGUGGAGUUAGAGGGGCUUAAAAUGGUGGAGAUUGAGAAGUGCAAGAACGACCUGAGGAAAUUACGGGAUGAGAUGACCUCAAAGGGAGGAGGAAGAGUGACUUGUGGUUGCAAAUAUAGCUUCACAGAGGACGGCAAGAAACUCUCCCCAAGACGAGACGUUCCAAAUUACCCAAAGUAUACUCUAUCCCAGGAGACCAUAGAAGCUCUGAAGAAACCUACAUUUGAUGUUUGGCAUUGGGAGCACAAUGAGAUGUUAAGCUGUCUGGAGUACAUGUAUCAUGAUCUGGGCCUGGUGAAGGAAUUUAAUAUGAACCCCAUCACACUGAAACGAUGGCUGCUGGGAAUCCAGGAGAAUUACCGCAACAACCCGUUCCAUAACUUCCGCCACUGCUUCUGUGUCAGUCAGAUGAUGUAUGGAAUGAUCCACCUGUGCAACUUACAAGAGAGGCUCACCAUGACUGACAUGUGCAUCCUCAUGACAGCUGCCGUGUGUCACGACCUAGAUCACCCAGGCUACAACAACACGUACCAGAUAAACGCUCACACAGAGCUGGCGGUGCGCUACAACGACAUCUCACCCCUGGAGAACCAUCACUGUGCCGUGGCCUUCCAGAUCAUCUCCAUGCCAGAGUGUAACAUCUUCGCCAACAUAGAAACGGAGGCCUUCAAACACCUCAGACAGGCUAUCAUCACUCUCAUCUUAGCCACAGAUAUGGCCAGACACGGUGAGAUACUGGACUCCUUCAAGCAGAACGUGGACAACUUUGACUUCACCAACCACAAGCAUGUGACAUGUCUAAAGCUGGUGUUGAUCAAGUGCUGUGACAUCUCCAAUGAGGUGAGACCCACGGAGGUGGCCGAGCCCUGGCUAGACUGCCUGCUGGAGGAAUACUUUAUGCAGAGUGACAGAGAGAAAUCUGAGGGUCUCCCAGUAGCUCCGUUCAUGGAUCGGGACAAAGUGACCAAACCCACAGCUCAGAUUGGCUUCAUCAAAUUCGUCCUCAUUCCCAUGUUUGAGACUGUUAUGAAGCUUUUUCCCCAGAUUGAGGAGAUUAUGGUGCAGCCUUUGCGGGAUUCUCGAGACCACUAUGAAGAACUUAAACAGAUUGACGAUGCCAUGACUGAGGUAAAACCCUUCUCCUCACACCUUCGUUGACCUCAAGAAUCGAGGUCAAUCUCAUUUACAUUGUAUGUUAAAAAUAAAUGGAACAAACAUGGAAUACAUUAAGGCUGACUCAUUAUACAGACUCUUGAGGGAAAAAAACAAUAGAGAACAUGGGCAUUUGUAGUUAAAAUUGUGUUUCAUUAUUUUCCUGAAUUGACUGAAGUUAAGCUGAAUGUGUCAUGCCCAUUGAAAAUGGGGGUCCUUUUAUAAAUUUGUUUGCUGAAAAUACAAAAUAAAUGUUUCUUUAAUGCAUAAUUAACUCAAAGAUAUCGAAUUUGGCCAUCAGUUCCCCCUUGAAAAAAUUAAGUGCAUGACACCUCUGCCUCAUCAUUGCUUUCCUUUUAUUGUGUGUAGAUGCGGUAUGUCCUGUUAUAAGGCACUACUACAGCAGCGUAGUGAUGAUAAUAAUUGGCUCAGGGGUGAAGUUUCCCCUGUGUGCAGAUCGAGACUCAGCUUCCUCAAUCCUAACCUUAGCACUAGUGGGGAAACUUUUAAACUGACCCAAGAUCAGCAGCUAGGGGUUACUUUACCCAAUAACUGUGGCCUUAGUCCUUAGACUAUCUACCAGCUUUAUUACUCUAUAAAAUCCCUCCACCGCCAUCUUGUGUUAACAUAAAGGUGUCUUUUGUUCUACAAGGCACAGAAGAAAAAAACUGAGAGCAAGUCAUUAGGAGGAAAGAAGAAAUAAACUUUUCCUGCAAACUCAUUGGUGUCUUGUAAGUUUAAACGUUAGAUAGAUGUGACGUGCCCUCCUCUUUCACUCUCUGACCAAACUUUAUCCCACUAAUGAUGUAGUUUACGUUUAUCCCAACAUGAACAGGAUAUUUAGAGGGGGACCUGAUCCUAAAUGAACACUUCUACUCUGAGACAUGCAGCCCAUACAGCAUUGGUAGGCCCUAGACUGGUUUCAAUAGUAAGUGUCAUGUGCCAUCUAGUGGUCAUACCAGUUUUACCAUAUGGUUUAUUAGGCUUCAGAUUAAAUAAAUGUAUGAACUUCACAGGCUUGUGAAAGUGCACAGGGAUUUUGAUGCUGCUUUACAAUAAAUAUUGAGGAUCUUAUUCUGCUGACAUGAUGAUCGAUGCUUGACAUCCAUUUGACAAAUAAACAUUCUUGCUCUUAUCCAUAAUAAUCUUGUCAGGUAAACGCAGGUGCCUAGACCAGAGUAGGCACAUUUGCUAUUUAACAGAACUUUCUUUUUUUAUACAAAACUAUCAGUAGAGUUUCAAAAUGCAAUGGAAACACAUUGAACUUCAGAUUUUUAUUCAGUACAUGAAAAUGUCUUUUUGUGUCACCACGGAAAGCCAAAACCCCUGCUCAUGCAAACCUGGUGAUUAGAUGGUCCUGUGUAGAUAAUAUUUUCAACCAAAAACUAUCAGGAAAUAACACUGAUGUAUGUUUUUCCAAUGAGGAAACCAAUGUUUGUUUAAUCAGCUCUUGUACAAUAUGAUACACAACAAAUGUAAUUGUGACUGCACUGGGCCUUUAAAUCAACUCAUGUUACAUAGCAGUAUUGCUGAUUUAUCAUAUGAUUGAUAUUGUUAUGACAUUCUAUAAAGGUCAAGCUUUUAUACUAACUAUUUUAUAAGGCAUAUUGACAUGGCUGUUCUAUUGUAGAGAAGUGUGUGUGUGUGUGUGUGUGUGUGUGUGUAAUAGGUCUACCUCACCCCUCCCCUCUCUUUUGACACCUAGUUCUGUGUGACCUUUGGUACUAUCUCCAGCAGAUGCAUAUUAUGCAAUCUUUUCCUCUUAUACUGUUCUCCUCAUUUGACCCUUGACCUGAAGUAGAAAUAAUCCAGGAUCACAACUCUGGAGGCUGAGAUCUGUUGUGUCCUAAUCAUGUACUUUCCUCCCCCUUGAAUUGAAUGUUUUGAUAUGUCAGCGGUGGCUGGUGUCACUUUAAAUCGAAGGACAUGUUCAUUGUAAUGGCUAACAUUCCAUUCAAGCCAUUGCUAUGAGCCGUCUUCCCUUUACCAACCUCCACUAUUAAAUGUAUAAUCUGUAUAUUAAUCGGCCUUUGAAUAACAUCCCAUUGAUGGAUGGCUAUGUCGAUAACGCCUCACUUUACAAUGUAGAUCUUCUGUUGUUCAUAAUGAUAGUCUUAUUACACAAUAACCAUCGUUCCCAAUUAACUGGUUAUACCCACCUCUGUUUUCUGGCUUUAGAGACCUCGGAUGGUGUUUCCAUUCCGAGGGGGAAGCAAGGCAUCUGCCUGAGCAUGGGCAACCGUCUUGGCUUGGUUUUGGCCAUAGAAAGGGAGACUCCUCCCCUAAUACCACAACUUCCUGUAGUUAUAUAGUUAUGUAGCCAGCCCAGGCAAGUAGGGUGUAGAAAAAUACAAAUUAACCAAUCAGCACCUUCCCUCUCUCCUUAGCCCCUCCCAACAUAAAGUGAGAAGAGGAGAGAAGACGCAGUGAUAUUGUUUGACCUUAGGGGUGGCAACACUGGGGCUGGUUUUGUUUCUUCUUGUUACUUUUGCACAAGGUUUUCUUUUGGUAGAGAAGGAUGAAACAUUUAGGGACAAAUAUGAAGAGAUUGUGUCUUCUAAAUGAGUAUGCGAGGUAGGUUAAAUAAUAGUAUUUAUAAUAUGGAUAUUAUUUACAAAGGGCUUUUCAUUGUAUGGGGCUAACGUGUACUGUACCUCAGCCACCUUAUGGGAAUUUUAAAGACAAAGUUGGAGAUUAGGGACAUAUAGCAGGUCGGAAGUAUUUUAACUUAGCCAGUUUUGUAGAAACCACUACAUGAUUUACAGUGAAGGGAAAAAUACAUUUCUACCAGUGUAUAUUUUGACACGUGCGUGUAUGACUUUGCAUAUCAAAUAAAAUUGCAAUACUUA